AUGCGUAUCUUCGUGCUGUCCGGGCAGAGUAACAUGUCCGGUCGCGGCGGCGUGCACCGCCGGCACUGGGACGGCGUGGUGCCCCCGGAGUGCGCGCCGGAUCCGUCUAUCCUCCGCCUCUCCGCGGCCCUGCAGUGGGAGGAAGCCCGCGAGCCGCUCCACGCCGACAUCGACACCACCAAGACCUGCGGCAUCGGGCCCGGGAUGGCCUUCGCCCGCGCUGUGCUCCCGCGCCUGCAGGAGGACACCCCCGGCGCGGGGACCCGGACCGGGAUCGGGCUCGUGCCGUGCGCCGUUGGCGGGACGGCCAUCAGGGAGUGGUCUCGCGGGGAACACCUGUACGAGCAGAUGGUAUGCCGGUCGCGCGUCGCGGCCGGGUACGGCGAGAUCGAGGCCGUGUUGUGGUACCAGGGGGAGAGCGACGCCGAUUCCGAUGCCGACACGGGUGCCUACUUGGAGAACGUCGAGAGGCUCAUCGGUAAUGUCAGGGCGGAUCUUGGGAUGCCGCAGUUACCCUUUAUUCAGGUUGCUCUUGCAUCUGGGAAUAAAAGGAACAUUGAAAAAGUCAGAAAUGCUCAGUUUAGUGUUAACCUGCCCAAUGUUGUAACUGUCGAUCCGAUGGGUAUGGCAUUGAAGGAAGACAACUUGCAUCUUACCACCGAGUCACAAGUAAAGCUUGGCAAAAUGCUUGCAGAAGCCUACAUCAUGAACUUCUUAACAGCAACUUGUUAG